CUCUCAAAACCGGCCAAAACACACCACCCCCAUAUUCUCUUCUUUUCAUAUUUUCAAUAACCAACGCGUAAAAAACUUCAGUCUUUCACAGAGACUUCGCCUUCUCUCUGUUCUCUGCCUGUAAAUAUCAUUUAUAUUGAGCAACCAUUAAUUAAACACCAGCAGAAAAUAAAUUAUAACUUCAUUUUUUCUUGAGAGCUACACUGAUUUGAAUGGCAAAAUCAAAGAACAAUGCUAAAAAAGUAUCUUAUAUCUCAGUUCCAUCACAAGUAAUUAGUUCUCUAUCUUCUUCUUCUUUGCAAACAUUGCUUUUAUCUCCAAAAAAACCAUCAAGAACCAAGUUUUUUACCUUGAGUUUGUUGAAGAAUCCUAAAGCUUGGUGUUUUGCUUUGUUUUUCUUUGGUUUUUUUGGUAUGUUAAGAUUAUGGUUUGAUCUUCCUCUCUAUUCUUACCCUUGUGUUACUACUCAAGCUCAAAAACAUGAGUCUUUUGCAAAUGGGUACUCAAGAUCACAGCUUGGUUCUGCUUUAAAUGGUGGGAUGAGUCCCCAAGAGGAGCCAAAGAUUGGGUUUUUGAGUGCUAAAUGGGAGAAAUCUGAGGUGGGUUUGCCUUUAAACAAUGAAAAAAGUGUUCAAAAUGGGGAAGAGAGUGAGUUUUGGAAGCAGCCUGAUGGGUUGGGUUAUAAGCCAUGUUUGGUUUUCAGUAGAGACUAUAGGAGAGGGAGUGAAUCUGUGGUGAAGGAUAGGAGAAAGUAUUUGAUAGUGGUGGUUUCUGGUGGUAUGAAUCAGCAGAGGAAUCAGAUUGUUGAUGCUGUUGUGAUUGCAAGGAUUCUUGGUGCUGCUUUGGUUGUUCCUAUUUUGCAAGUCAAUGUCAUUUGGGGAGAUGAAAGCGAAUUUUCGGAUAUAUUCGACUUGGAGCAUUUCAAGAGAGUUGUAGCAAAUGAUGUGAGAGUAGUUUCAUCCUUACCAUCAACACAUAUAAUGACAAGACCAGUAGAGGAGAAAAGAACUCCUCUUCAUGUAUCCCCUCAAUGGAUCCGUGCACGCUAUCUCAAGCGACUUAAUCGGGAAGGGGUUUUGCUUUUGCGCGGUUUAGAUUCAAGACUGUCGAAAGAUCUUCCUUCUGAUCUUCAGAAACUUCGAUGCAAGGUGGCGUUUCAUGCACUGAGGUUUGCUCCAUCAAUAUUAGAGCUUGGUAACCGGCUUGCAGAGAGGAUGAGAAGCAGGGGACCAUAUGUCGCUCUUCAUCUACGAAUGGAGAAGGAUGUUUGGGUGAGGACAGGGUGCCUUCCUGGUUUGAGUCCUGAAUAUGAUGAGAUGAUCAAUAAUGAGAGAAAACGACGGCCUGAACUCCUUACUGGAAGAUCAAAUAUGACUUACCAUGAGAGAAAACUUGCCGGCCUGUGCCCAUUGAAUGCUGUGGAUGUCACAAGGCUGCUUAAAGCUCUUGGAGCGCCAAGUGAUGCAAGAAUAUAUUGGGCCGGAGGGGAACCUCUUGGCGGUGAAGAAGCUUUGGCACCAUUAACCAAGGAAUUUCCUUAUUUUUUCAAGAAGCAAGAUCUUGCGUUGCCUGGCGAGUUGGAACCCUUCGCAAGAAGAGCUUCUGUUAUGGCUGCCAUUGAUUUUGUAGUCUCAGAAAAGAGCGAUGUUUUUAUGCCAUCUCAUGGAGGAAAUAUGGGCCAUGCUAUGCAGGGACAACGGGCCUAUGCAGGGCACAAGAAAUAUAUAACCCCGAACAAAAGACACAUGCUUCCCUAUUUUCUCAAUUCUUCACUUCCAGAAGCAGAAUUCAAUACAAUCAUAAAGGAUUUGCAUCGCGAUUCCUUGGGGCAACCAGAACUGAGGACUAGCAAAGAUGGAAGAGAUGUCACAAAGUUUCCGAUCCCAGAAUGCAUGUGCAACGACUCGCGUAAACAUUCCACAUCGUGAUUGACGGCUAAACAUUUCCAACAUGAAGACUAGGAAGCAACAGAUUACUCAUGCAAAACGGCAUGGGAAUCAUCAAGAAACCCCUUCAGCCAGAGCUGUUUCCGAGACGCAAUAGCAACACUAUUCGGAGCAAUAACGGUUAUGAGAAACAAAUGUGAAGCACUGCAAGUAAACUCUUUAUUCAUCCAAGUGCUUUUUUUUAAGUGUGUAUGUAGUGUACAUGAGAGGCAAGAAAAGAUAGGUAUGGUUAGAAAAGAAUAGUAAUAUUAUACGGAGUCAAUUUUUAAUAUUCUUUAUAGGUUAUAGGCCAUUUUUUCCCUUUAUAGGGUAAAUUUAUUUUUUUCAUUACUAAAUUUAUUCUUUGUACUAAAAAUAUGUACCACAGAUAUGAAAAGUUGUAUAUGUAAAAUAAAUAAAAUUCAAUGGCGUUAUGAUAAGCCCAUUUUAUGUUA